CCUAUUUAUUGUACAUUAAACAUGCUGCCGAAAUAAGACUGCACCGACAUGAACGUAUUUACUGUAUGUUACAUUAAACUUGCUUAACAGAAUCUAACACAUUAUGCAAACUUGACUUAUAUUUUGUAGGUGGUGAAGAAGCUGUCUGGAGAUGGUCAAGGCUCAGCUCAGUGGUUCACCAGCAUCGGAAACGAGCACUCCCAAAUAGUUUCGUUUGUGCUAACCUGUGAGGAGUCCACUGCGAAGCUGGAACCAAUGUGCCAUGGAGUCAUGGAAAUAUUCCGGCUGGCCAAUCAACCUGUCCCCAAAAUUUUAUACGUACACCGUGGGUGUUGUCGAGCGCAUGACCCAACAGCCGUGGAGACUUUGUUCCAGCCUUGGGUGGACAGUGGGAUGGUUGUGCAUCUGGUGCGUCUGCUCUAGCUGGGGUAGUGCUGGCCUAUAACCGCACAGACCUGGAGCUGCUCAUCACGGCCGUCAGAGCCAAGGACGCGGCAACGCUGAAGUUUGUCUCAGAUGAGGAUGUUGCCCGCCACUACAUUUCUAGGGAGCAGCUCAAACACCAUGUGCGGAGGGUCACACUCGGGGCUCAGGAAACAUUUCGACUCAUCCACCUGGCCAUUGAGGAGCUGAAAGGUCCCGCUGGGCUGGACGAGAGUGGAGUGAGCCUCUUCAAAACACCUGAGGCCAUUGAUGGGAUGUGGGCAGGCUAGCAGCGACACCUGGAGUGCAUCCAGGAUCCACCAGACAUGAACAUGUAUAGGGUGGCCCGUACCACAACCAUCAACCAUGUGGACUUGCCCUACUACUAAUGUUUGCGUGGAAGCAACAGCCUGGAAGGAUUCCACAAAACUCUGCCGCACAUGAUUCCAGGUCACCACUGUGCGGCAUGGCCCAGUCAGGUUUACUUAUUUGCAUGAGUGGCAUUGCACGGCGGAACUCAGACAGGAGCUCGGAUGCCGUGUUUGGUGGCAAAGGACAGCACCACAGGACCUACUCGGCGCCGCUGAUUGAUCGCCUCAACACCCGCGGUCAGCAGCUGUUCGGAGAGACUGUGGAGGAGAGGGGCCCCUGCUGACAUCCCUUCCAACGAGCUGCUUGGGCUGGAGUACCUGUUCAGCCAGAAUACCGGUGAAUCUGGACCCUUCUCUCAACGAUGGACCUGCUCCAGAGGAGGACGUGGUUCUGCCUGGGCAGCCCGAGGUGUACCAGAGCGAUGUGGAGGCACAUGACGAUGUGCUGGAUGCCGUCCUGCCCCACAUUACGCUCACCAGCGAAGAAACCUCCACUGUUCACCCUCUGGCCUUUGAGGAUGCCUGCAGUCCAAACCCUCUUCCUGGCUUUCAAAAGUUGGAAAUGUGACCCUCUGUGCUGGUGGAGAUUGGCUUGACAGAGGACAAGCUGUCUCUUACCACGGAGCAGAGGAACAAGGUCCUUGAAGUCUGGAAUUCAGUGGAGAACCACGACAAGCAGCCGCAGCAGUUCAACCAGCUGUAUAGAACACACUGGGGCAACACCCUCUACUGCCGCACAAAAGGCGAUGAUCUUGUCGAUGCUGCUGUGAUACAGAGGUUAAAGAUGGCCAAGCGAUACACACCAGCACAACAGGACAUCAAUGCUCAGCACAACAGGCUGAUGUACACACUGGUGAAACUGCAGUGGUUGCGCUCACCUCAAGGGUCUCGCAGCAGUCCUGAGAAGAGCACUAUCCUUAAGGCAUACGAGCGAAUCCAGCACCGGAUUUUGGUGGAGGAUCCAGUCCUGUGCAAAGCAGGCAUUCCUCUACCAAAAAUUAACAUCACGACUGUGCAGGACUUCAUCCGUUGCCAAGAGAGGCUCCUCAACCUGCAUGCCACAAAACAGCCAUCCACCAUCACAAAGACCACCUCCAUCUCAUCUGCAGACCUACCUCCAGCAGCACACCAGCCAGCAGUCCUCCCUCCACCAGACUACCCCCUGAUGGAAUAUGCGCCCACACCCAGCACAGCAGGGACAAAGGUGUUAAAGGGAAGGACAGACAUAAUCACGCCACUCUCCCAGCCUCAACCACCACUGCCACCUGUGCAUCUGCCAGUGACAAAAACUCCUGCCACCUCUACCAUCACCAGACCUGUGCCCUCCCUCUCUGCAUCUGCAGCAACCCCUGGGUUUGCUGGCCCCUCCACACAGCCCAUAAUGCCUGCCAGUCAGGCUCUGCCCACUACUAGCACAUCGCACAGUACUGGCAGUCCUACAUUCUGGGCUAGUUCUACACAAUACAAGCGUAAGGUGAAGGAACACUCCUCAGAAGUAGGACGCAAACUGUCGCGGGUGCAUAAUGUCCCUGUCUGUACACUCUGUGGCCAACCAACCCAAGGACAUAAAAAAUACAAGAAAAAGACUUUCUGCCCUGUAAAAAUGAUGUCAACAUCUAAAGGUCUGGACAACAGAGUGUACAGCAGCUACGAACAGUUCACAGUUCAAGUUGGAGGAAUGAGCUGUAAAUAUGUCAUAUAUCUGUAAAUAUGGUAGUGUUGCAUUGUACAUAUUGUAAAUAGUCUUCAUUUUAUUACAUUUAAUUUUUAAUCAUGUUCGAUGUCCAUGUUAAUUUGUUUAAACUUUCAAUUAAUGAAUGCAACACUGGGGGUAUAUUUGCUUAUCAAAUAAUAGGGACAGAGAUAUAGAGUGCCAGAUUACUUGCAGGUAAGGACAUGUGCCUACAGUACAACAAUAGCAGAUAAUUUUCCACAUAUAGCAGAAACAUUAAAGUAAUCAGCCUCUGAAAUAUUAAACUACUUUUAAUCAGCCUCUCAAUAGUCAUAAGGGAAUUAAUAAAGAUAUAAGUGACAAAUGUAAAUAAAUGGCAUUUAGGAAAAGACAAAGCACUCUCACACAAGUGUACUUUUGAUAAAAUAAGCUGUAUUUAAUUUAAUAAAAAAACAGUCCAGUAAUGUGAAUACAUGACAUGAGGUAUGUAGCAUUUGCAUACAAAUAUACUUGUGAUUGUGUUGUUAUAGCAGCAUUCUUCAAUGUCUUAUAGAGCACAUUAAAUUGAUGAUCAUA